AUGGCAUCGAAUGGACUGCCCGUGCCCGCCCAAAACACAAACUACCUGGAAAACGGCCGUCUGUAUCAUGGCUACCGAAGAGGCCUCUACAUGUACCCCUGCGAUGAGCCGGAAAAGGACCGCAUGGACAUUUACCACAAAUUGUUUGCCGUAGCACGGAGAGACCAGCUGCACCAGGCGCCCCUGCCGCAACAAUGGGAGCCCCGCAUCCUCGAUGUGGGUUGUGGGACGGGUAUCUGGGCCAUAGACAUGGCCGACAAAUACCUCAACGCCGAGGUCCUAGGCUUGGAUUUGGUCAACAUUCAGCCAGAAAAAAUUCCUCCGAACCUGCGAUUCCGUGUACCACGCGACUACGAGAGCCCAUGGACACUAGGCGAAGAGUCCUGGGACAUGAUCCACCUGCGAAUGGCCUGCGGCAGCGUCACGAGCUGGCCAGAGCUCUACCAGAAAAUCUACGCACACUUGAAACCUGGCACGGGCUGGAUAGAGCACGUUGAAAUCGACAUGGAGCCGCGCUGCGACGACUACACGCUGUCCCCGGACAGCAUGCUGACCAAGUGGUACCGGUGGCUAGCAGACGCGACAAAUCGAGUUUCCCGCCCCAUCGCAUACGAGCACCGCACCCGUCAGCUACUGCAGCAGGCCGGCUUCAUCGAUAUCCAGGAGACGGUCAUUCGCGUUCCCUACAAUGCCUGGCCCAAUGACCCGCACCAAAAGGACAUCGGCAGGUGGUACAACUUGGGCAUAACCGAGGGCCUGGACGCACUAAGCUACGCACCUCUCACAAGAGUCUACCAGUGGGAUCUCAACGCACAUGUCAAACCACUGCUUGAGCAAGUUCGUAGAGAGAUAUGUAACCGCAAAAUUCAUGCGUACAACAAUAUACACAUCUGGACUGCCCGCCGGCCCCAACAGUAG